CUUUGGGUUGGACACAUCAAAUGUAAAAAUCGGGCUGAUUACAGGAAGGUGGUAAUAAUUACAAUUUUGUUUUACUGGAUAACUGUUGCUGUCUUGUCUAUGUAUGAACCAUCAUAUUCAUGAAUCAGAACAAGUUGUUAAGUAAAGCAGAAGAUGUGGCAGAUGAGGUUUUACGUUACGGAAAACACAUAAUGCCACACCUUGCUCGUCUAUGCCUAGUCAGUACCUUCAUUGAAGAUGGAAUAAGGAUGUGGCUGCAGUGGAGUGACCAGCAAGAAUUCAUUAGGACAAGCUGGAACUGUGGAUGGUUUUUAGCUUCAAUUUUUGUAUUAUUUAAUUUGGUGGUCCAGCUUGGAGGAUCAGCUAUGGUGUUGAUUCGUCAGAAGGUAGAAGUGGCCUGUGGGCUCCUGUUUUCCAUUGUGGUUUUGCAGACAUUUGCUUAUAACCUAGUGUGGAAUGUUCAGUUUUUGCCAAGGUGUCUUUCUCUGAUUGGUGCUCUUUUACUCCUCCUUGCUGAAAGCAGAGUGGAAGGCAAGCGUCUUUUCGCUGGAGUGCCAAGCCUAGGAGAUAACAAACCACGAAACUAUCUGCAGCUUACUGGUCGAGUUUUGUUGGUAUUCAUGUUCAUCACAGUUUUAAGAUUUGAGGUGUCAUUUAUUCAGAUUAUCCAAAACAUUGUUGCUUCUGCUUUAAUGGUACUUGUUACCAUUGGCUACAAAACCAAGUUGUCAGCUCUUUUCCUUGUUAUUUGGCUCACAAUUUUAAAUAUUUAUCUAAAUCCUUGGUGGUCAGUCCAUUCUCACUUUGCUGACUUUUUAAGGUAUGAUUUCUUUCAAACAUUAUCUGUAAUUGGUGGACUAUUAAUGGUAGUAUCUUUGGGUCCAGGGGGAGUUAGCAUGGAUGAGCAUAAGAAAAGGUGGUAGGAUAUUAAAUCCAGGUAUAAGAAUCCUUCAUCCAGGUUUACAUGAUACUGAUACUUACUUAGCCAGUUUAACUUGUUAGUUUUAGUGAAAAUGUGUUUCACUUUAAAAAAAGACAUUCGUAUUGCUUGUUACAAUUGUAACUUGUAUUGUUGCCAAGUUAAAGUGUUAUUGAGUUUCAAACUCCUUGUUUAUUUUUCAAAUUUAUCCAUUUUUCGUGUUAGAGCAGAAACUAAAGUAAAUAUUUGAUGGUUAAUGUUUAUUGCCACUGUAAAUAACAUUAUGUAAAAAGUCAUCUUUGACGAUUCCUUGAGAGUUAAGUUUUUUAGCGAAGUGCACUAACUGAAAGAUAUGUAUUGUUAUUGAUUUCAAUUGUGGUUUACCUCAUUACCUGUUUUAUAUUCAGGUUUCUUUAUUGCAUGGAAAAGUCAAUCAUAAUUUUGAAACUAAAACCAAACUGAUAUAUUUAUACAAUGAAUUGGCAUAAAAUACAUACUUUCACUAUCCUGGUGAUAUUCAGUAUGAUGUAUAAUUUAACUGUGGGAAAUUUCUUUGUGCUAACCUGUAGUUGAAGUCAUAUGUAUUGAAAGUUUUACAUAUCCCUCCCUCCACAAAUACACACCUAAAUUCUAAAAACGUUCACCAGUCAUAAAAUAAAUAACCAUUGGCAAUAAUACUUUACAUUAUAAAGUAUAUACUUGAUGAUAAAAUCCACAAGCUUAUCAGCUACCAGCAGAUUCUUGUGUUUAAUACUAAAACUUAAAAUCAAUGUUGAUGAAAAAAGCCAUAUUAAUUGGAUUUAUAAAACAUAUGCUCGAAGUUUGGGGAUUGUAGAAACCAUUUAAAGUCCUUUUAUUUUUAUUGUUGUGUUUACAUUUAUUAUUAUUUUUAUUGUUCGUAUAACAACUUGUAUCUUAUCAACAAACUUAAGUGUUUGAUUCUCUCAUUAAACUCUUUAAAGGGUUGGGUGAAAAGCUUAGAAAAGUAUUGUUUAUUUGAGGCAUUGUGGGAAAUGUCCUCUUUGCCAGUUCAUGAAUCUUUCUGGAAUCCAUGACAUGGAGAAUAGAAGCACUAAACAGUUAUUAUAUUUUUCAGUCACUUCAAUAAACUUGUGCCUAUAGCGUUAAUACAAUUUUUAUAUUAUUAGUAGCAGUCAUCAACUAUAUGUUUAUGUUAGUGUUCAACAUUGUUCUGUGUGUCUAGAAACCUGUGCUAUUAAAGGGCUUUUUGUAAUGUUUCUUUGGUCCUUUUACCUGUUCUACCUUUAUGUAAGACCAAAUUGUGUUUGAUAUAAAUAGCAGGCACAAUAUCAUCUUCACUGUUGUGUCCUUGACCCUGCAUUUAGUGCAUGCUGUAAAUGUUUUCGAUUUUUAUAUAAACUAACAAUUAACUAUGAUUCAGGAUAUAAAUAAUACGUUCAAAGUUUGUUUGUAGCGUCUUUGACUGUUUUUCAACAAUUUUCUUGCAGUAAAAACUGUUCCCUCAGUUUGUAACAUUUCUGCUAAGGAGUAAUUUUAUUUUUCCAUUAUAUUUUAAAGCCAUAAAUAACAUUUUUUACUAUUUUUAUAAAUUAUAAAAUACUCUCUACCAUUUUGCAUGGGGAAUUUUAUGUUUAUGACUUACUGUUUUUAAAAAUUUUGUUAUAUACCUUUGUUUUAUUAAUGUUUUU